UAUGAGGCGUAAAAUAACAGAAGAAGAAGCUCUGCUGUGUGUGAUUGGUUGUUUCGGCAGCAUGGCGUUUGAAUGGGAACGGAACAGGAAGCUAACUGAAAGUUAGUUAGCUAGCUGACUAGCCCGGAGGAAGCUAACUCUCGCGUCGUUAUAAAACAUUUAAGCAACUAAAUGACGAUAGUCAGCAUUGCAUAUUUUUAAACCGGCUGAUGACAUGGUGUUUUAAAUCUGACCGACAUUACGGGCAUGACCUUGUAAUAAACAUCUGUCCGAAGCGGAAUCAGUCUGAUGAGGGGGCGCCUACAGCUGGCAGGAUGCAGCAGAAAAGGAACAUCCAGAUCAUCGAAUGGGAGGACCUCGACAAAAGGAAGUUCUACUCUUUCGGGGUGUUCAUGACCUUGACCAUCCGGGCCACCGUCUACCCGGCCACACUCAUCCGCACUCUGCUGCAGGUGCAGAGGGGCAAAUCACUCUACAGCGGCACCUUUGACGCCUUCUUCAAGAUUCUGCGGGCGGAGGGCGUUCAAGGCCUUUAUCGCGGCUUUAUGGUCAACACCUUCACGCUCAUCUCAGGCCAGGCUUACAUAACCACCUACGAGCUGGUGAGGAAGUAUGUCUCCCAGUAUUCUGAGGACAAUACAGUCAAGUCACUGGUGGCGGGCGGCUCGGCCUCCCUGGUUGCUCAGAGCAUCACUGUACCUAUAGAUGUUGUCUCUCAGCAGCUGAUGAUGCAGGGCCAAGGGGAGCACCUCACCCGCUUUCGACUCAAUUCUAACACAGAGACUGGAAAGUCCAAAAAAGUGUUCGGCCAAACCAGGAACAUUAUGGCUCAGAUUUUUGCUGCUGAUGGUUUCCGGGGCUUUUACAGAGGAUAUGUGGCUUCUUUACUCACUUAUAUCCCAAACAGUGCUGUCUGGUGGCCUUUCUAUCAUUUUUAUGCUGAGCAACUCUCUAAACUGGCUCCCAGUGACUGCCCUCAUCUGAUUCUACAAGCCAUGGCCGGACCUCUAGCUGCUGCUACUGCCUCAACUGUCACCAACCCAAUGGAUGUGGUCAGAGCCAGAGUACAGGUUGAAGGGAGGACUUCAGUCAUGGAGACGUUCAGGCAGCUGAUCAAAGAGGAGGGCUUCUGGGGAUUGACCAAAGGACUCUCUGCACGCAUCAUUUCAUCCACACCCACUGCCAUCGUCAUGGUGGUCGGCUAUGAGACACUAAAAAAACUGAGUUUGCGACCGGAGCUCGUGGACUCAAGGCACUGGUAGAAGAUACCUGGACAGACUAGAAUAUAUGGACCAUGUACCAUUUUAGCCCUCAGAUUAAACUUCCUGUGAAAGCAUUGGAUGAAAGAAAGGUUUGUUUUUAAAUAAUAACUUGGGGGAACAAAAUUGAUUUAGGCCACUUUAAACACACAGCACCUGUGUAUAAGACAUUGAACAUGUAUGGGUUUAUACCAACAUAUAUUAGUUGCAGAUUAGAUACCUGACCAUCAACAUUCACACCAGACUCAGACUCACAGUCUGUCUGUGUUGCUGCUUAACAGGGUUGUUGCUUUUUAGUGCAAUUGAAAGUAGUGAAUGCAAUAUUGUUUUAACACUGGAAGAUGCAGACAAAUUGAUGCAACCUUAUAGGAUUUGUUUUCUUUAUUUGGUCAACAAAGGAAAAAGUUUAUGUAUCAACACACGCUCUAUAGUCAUGUUCAAGCAUCUUUCAUUGGAGAAAAGUGGAAUUGUUGCUGACAGACAAGCCAAGCAGUGUUGGGCCCACAUAAAAACCUGGUUUUGAUCAGGGUUCGGAGAAAAGUCGUAUAACUCAUAAUGACGCAUUCACAUCAGCAUUGUUGGUUUCCUUACACUCGCCAAACUGGCUUCUAUGUCUGUUUCUGCGGUUCCUUUCUUUUGGCCUUUUUAAAUUGCUGCCUUCACAGUGUGAUCAAGACAAAGAAUCUGCUUUUUGUUUUUAAUUGCUGAAUGUGUGUGAGAAGAAAAUCUGUGUAUCAUGGCAGCCUCUGUGUUGUAGGUAGUUAUUUGUCCUGUACUGUACAAACGGAGUCAAAAGAAAUGACUUGACAAAUUCCAUGCAAAACAGUAUACAUUCAGUACAAUAUUUUAUCAACAUUUUUGUAGCAUACUAGUAUGCUGUCUGUCUGACAAUGCAGAAAAUAUUGCAGUGAUCAAGCUGGUUAAUAAGUGGCUGAUUCGGUGUACUGGUAACUACCAUGAAGAAGAGCAGAAGAAGUAUUUCUGUUGUGCAGAGCUGCCAGUUAAAACCUGUCAGGCAAGUAAGCGGAAAUAAUGCUGUUUCCCUAUUGUGACAGUAAAUGUUUGAGUGCAAUAAUGUAAAUGUUUUAUCCUUUUCAGCACAAAAUGUGACUGUAUAUUUCUUGUAAAUUGUGUGGAUAACAUGUUUUAAAGGAAUGCAUUAUACCUAAUUUAUUUUAUUGAAGUUUUUGGGAUUAUGACCACAGAAGUGUCCAAACCUCAAAAUUUCACAUUAUGUUUGUAGUUCAUUCGUUUAAGAUGAAUCACUUUGAGUAUUGUGGCUCAUGCCGUUUGUUGCUUUUUUAACUUUUUUCCCCCCAGAUGGCUUUUUAGGUGAUUCUUUUCAAAAUAAAAUGUAAUUAAGUUUGACAUCAGAUGUGGUCAGUUUGUAGAACUGAUCAUAUUCUUUAAAAAAUUAGAUGAAUGUGACAUUAGAUGUUGUCACUGCAGGUAUUUUCAUUAUAGAGGAGAAUGGUAAUUGGCUGUUUUAGAUUGAUUGAAGGCAAAUUCCUAAAUCUGAGAGUUUGUUUAAAUGAAGCCAUAACGUCCCACAAUGUUUUCUGAAGCUGUAUAUAAAUUUGCUCAGGACAUGCCAAGAUGUGUUAUAAACAUUUAAUGGAUACCUGAUGAACUCUGCAGUACCUUGUAGAUUGACUUGUAUUAGUUUCUCAAACACAUUUUCAUGAAGUGAUCCAUUUGUACUUCUUCAGGGCAAUUGUCUUCAUCUUUUCAAAGCAUGUUUUACUAAAACCUGCAAGCUAUGUGGGAGAAAAAGGAAUCGAUGCAAACUUCUGUAAUAAGAUUGACUUCAGUUUGGAAUUGAAUUAUUAAUUUUCAUUUUCUUCGCACUGUUUUCAGUAACUAUAAAAGUGUGAUUAUGUUGUCAGUGAGAAACAGAUUAGUCCUGUGUUGUAAAUCGGAACGCAACUGUCAUGUACAGAACACAUUUCACGUCAUGCGUUGUCUCAGUGUGUCUUGUUUCAUCUAUUUGGUCAAUAAAACAUCACGGCUGCAUAACAAAA